AUGCCCAAAUCAAUGAAGCCGAGCCUCAAGAUCUACAUCGUCAACUUGAAAGUGGUCUCGAAGGAAGAGUUCCUGAAGGCUAGAAGCCGACGCCUUGCCGAAGAAGCAAAGGCCAUUUGUCGAGUCGCGCAAUCGACCAGGUCGAACAGCACUGGAGCACGCAGGUCGAAGCGGAAGCACUCCUCAGCGAAGAAGCACAGCUAA